UCUGAUGUUUCCCAGAAUCCUUAGCGCUCUCACUAUUGCCAGUCAUCGUGCUGCAGUGACUGCGCAGAUAUUCAAUAAUAAACUCUUUAAAACUCAUUUAAAGAGUUCUUUAAACAGUUCCCCGUUCCUCCGCUCAUCACCAUGAAGGAGUUAGCAGCGAAGAAGAAGUCUGGAGCCCAGAAGAAGGAGGAGAAGCAGGAGCCGCUGGAGGAGGAGAUGCCGGAGGAAGAGGCUCCUGGAGCGGGGAAGAAAGAGCCUAAACCCGGGGAGACGGACAGCCUCACGCUGGAGGACAUCAGGGAGCAUGUGAAGCAGAUAGAGAAGGCGGUGUCUGGGAAGGAGCCUCGCUUCGUGCUCCGGGCUCUCAGAGCUCUGCCCUCCACCAGCAGGAGGCUGAACACCAACGUGCUGCACAAAGCCCUCACAGGGUUCUUCACCAACAACACCGUCACCAGAGACUUCCUGCUGAGCAAGCUGGAGGAG